CUGAAGUUGUAUUUCUCCCCCCCACCUCCCCACUCCCUUUCGUGCUCGGUUCAGAGCAGUAGUGUAGAUUUGAUAGAAAUUGCCAUUCUCCCGUUCCUUGGACUAUCUGAACCCGUAGAGGAGACCACAGCAAUGCUGGACUGCAGCGACUACGUUCUAGACUCAAGAAUGAACAAUCCGUCAGAAACCAGUAAACCAUCAAUGGAGAGUGGGGACGGGAACACAGGCACGCAAACAAAUGGCCUGGACUUUCAAAAGCAGCCUGUGCCUGUCGGAGGAGCAAUCUCUACAGCCCAGGCCCAGGCCUUCCUUGGGCACCUUCAUCAGGUCCAGCUCGCUGGAACAAGUUUACAGGCUGCUGCUCAGUCCUUAAAUGUACAGUCUAAAUCUAAUGAAGAAUCUGGGGACUCUCAGCAGCCAAGCCAGCCUUCCCAGCAGCCUUCAGUGCAGGCGGCCAUACCCCAGACCCAGCUCAUGCUGGCCGGAGGACAGAUCACUGGGCUCACGUUGACGCCAGCCCAGCAACAGUUAUUGCUCCAACAGGCGCAGGCACAGUUGCUGGCGGCUGCAGUGCAGCACUCAGCCAGUCAGCAGCACAGCGCUGCUGGUGCCACCAUCUCAGCCUCUGCUGCAACGCCGAUGACGCAGAUCCCUCUAUCUCAGCCAAUACAGAUUGCACAGGAUUUGCAGCACUUGCAGCAGCUUCAGCAGCAGAAUCUCAACCUGCAACAGUUUGUGUUGGUGCAUCCAACAACCAACUUGCAGCCAGCACAGUUCAUCAUCUCACAAACACCGCAGGGGCAGCAGGGUCUCCUGCAAGCGCAGAAUCUCUUAACGCAACUACCUCAGCAAAGCCAAGCCAACCUCCUGCAGUCUCAGCCAAGCAUCACCCUUGCCUCGCAGCCAGCAACCCCAACACGCACAAUAGCAGCGACCCCCAUUCAGCCACUUCCACAGAGCCAGUCAACACCAAAGCGAAUCGACACUCCCAGCUUGGAGGAGCCCAGUGACCUUGAGGAGCUUGAGCAGUUUGCCAAGACUUUCAAACAAAGACGGAUCAAACUUGGAUUCACUCAGGGUGAUGUUGGGCUCGCUAUGGGCAAACUCUAUGGAAAUGACUUCAGCCAAACUACCAUCUCUCGCUUUGAAGCCUUGAACCUCAGCUUUAAGAACAUGUGCAAGUUAAAGCCACUUCUGGAAAAGUGGCUCAAUGAUGCAGAAAACCUCUCAUCUGAUUCAACUCUCUCCAGCCCAAGUGCCCUGAAUUCUCCAGGGCAAGGGAUCGAAGGCUUGAACCGUAGGAGGAAGAAACGCACCAGCAUAGAGACCAACAUACGUGUGGCCUUAGAGAAGAGUUUCCUGGAGAACCAAAAGCCUACCUCGGAUGAGAUCGCCAUGAUAGCUGACCAGCUAAACAUGGAGAAGGAGGUGAUCCGCGUUUGGUUCUGUAACCGGCGCCAGAAGGAGAAAAGGAUCAACCCACCCAGCAGUGGUGGAACCAGCAGCUCGCCCAUCAAAGCAAUUUUCCCUUGCCCAACCUCACUGGUGGCAACCACGCCAAGCCUUGUGACUAGCAGUGCAGCUACAACCCUGACUGUCAACCCCGUGCUCCCUCUGGCCAGUCCUGCUGUAACUAGUCUGUCAGUCACAGGCACAACAGAAACCACCUCUAACAACACGGCAACAGUGAUUUCAACAGCACCUCCAGCUUCUUCAGCAGUGACAUCACCCUCCCUGAGUCCUUCCCCUUCUGCCUCAGCCUCCACUUCAGAGGCAUCCAGUGCCAGUGAGACCAGCACAACACAGACAACCUCCACUCCCUUGUCCUCCCCUCUUGGGACCAGCCAGGUGAUGGUAACGGCAUCAGGGUUGCAAACAGCGGCGGCAGCUGCGUUACAAGGAGCUGCACAGUUGCCUGCAAAUGCAAGUCUUGCUGCCAUGGCUGCUGCAGCAGGACUAAACCCAGGCUUGAUGGCAUCCUCACAGUUUGCAGCUGGAGGUGCCUUACUCAGUCUCAAUCCAGGGACAUUAGGUGGUGCUCUCAGCCCAGCCCUGAUGAGCAACAGUACACUGGCAACUAUUCAAGCUCUUGCAUCUGGUGGCUCUCUUCCAAUAACAUCACUGGAUGCAACUGGAAACUUGGUGUUUGCCAAUGCUGGAGGUACCCCUAACAUCGUAACUGCCCCUCUGUUCCUGAACCCUCAGAACCUUUCUCUGCUCACCAGCAACCCAGUUAGCUUGGUCUCUGCAGCUGCAGCCUCCGCAGGGGCCUCUGGACCAGUCGCCAGCCUUCACGCCACCUCCACCUCAGCCGAGUCCAUCCAGAACUCUCUCCUCACGGUGGCCUCUGGGAGCGGGGCCACGUCCACCACCACUACUGCCUCCAAGGCACAGUGAGCCGGGCUGAGCUGUGCUGCCAGCAGCCUGUUUCACUGUGCGGUGGGAUUGGCUGCCAGCAGGGUUUAUAAACUGAAAAUGCGAUGGGCAUCCUCUCACCGUGUUGCUGGGGACGAGAGAGAGAGAGAGAGAGAGAGAGAGAGAGAGAGAGAGAGAAGGAAAAAACAAAAAAAAAGAAAAAUAAAAUAAAAAUAAUAAAAAAAAACCAAAAGCGAAACAGGAAGGAUUUAAAGCUGGGACAGACAUUUGCCUAAUUUUAUAAUAAACACUGUCUUUUCAGGAUCGCUUCAUGGAUCGGAGAACUUUCUAACCAAAAAUGUAAAAAAACAAAAAAACAAAAAAAAACCACAAAAAAACAAAAAACCACAAAAACACAAAAAAAGUGAAAGGACUACUUAUCAUUUCCAGCAGUCACAAUGACAAGUUAAGGUGGGUUAUCAGUUCAAACAUAGGAAGGGGAUUUCUUGGUUCUUUUUGGUCUAAAUAUCUUUCUUUUUUAAUUAUCAUUUUAUAGGUCUGUUGUACAGGCCAUUAUGUCAUACAAGGUGUUUAUAAUCGUAUCAAUCAUGUUGGGGGUUCCUUUCUUAACUGGUACAAUUUAGGCAGGCCUGUAUUACUGGUGUAUCUCUAUUAUUAUUAUUAUGAUUAUUAUUAUUAUUAUUUUUAUAUAUAUAGUUUGGACGCGUUUGUCUUUGCUCCUGGAUUAUUUUCAGCGAGCUCCCACACCGCGAGGGGGAGGGCGGGGGGGUGGAGAGGAAGAAUGGAGCACAAAUAGACUUUCUGUCCUAAUCUUCUGGGAACGUUCUGAACAGUUUCCUCAUCCCUGAAUUUGUCUAAUGCCUACUCGUAGGGGUCAGAAGGAUUUACGUUCAUCGUUUGUGCAGGAGGCUCAGUGUAGCAGCAGAGAUCAUUGUGUGCAAACUUCCAGGCUGGUCUCUGCUUUUCAAGCAGAGGUAGGAAUUAGUUCCGAGCUGCAGUUCUCUCAAUUAUUAAGACAAAAUGGCCAAAUUCUGCUCUGAGCUUUGUGUGCUUGGCUCCUUUCACUUCAGAGAGCGGGAUGUGACCUCCCGAGGGCAGGUUGUGUGACGUAGCGAUGGCUCUUCUGUUCCAGUGAUUUCCUUUGGCUGUGCAAGAGCACACACAAAUGUUUAAAAAAUGUCACAUUACCCAGGCUAAUUGGCAGUAUGUAAAGCAGCAUUUGCAAUUCUAAAUUCCCACCAGGUGAGUUGGCACGGGAUUUCAAAAGGUCGGAUUCUCCCCGUUCAUAGCAAUAUUCCUUUUCCGAUGCUUCCAACGUCGUAUUUAGGAAAAAUUGUCCCGUAGAGGAGCGCUUCUGGCUGCCAAACACAGGAGCCAAGAAUAUGGGAGCAGAAGUUGCCAUUGUUGAUGCCAGCACAGCUCUGGGGUUUGCACACACCUGAGUCAUCUCAUGUGGUCUCUGAGCUGCGGCGCCGCUCGCUGAGUAAAAUCGGGAAUAAGCGUCUCCGAGCGGCACGUCGGGGUCGCCUGUCACUGUCACUGCCUUUGCAAGGUCGGUUCUGAUCCGUGUAGCAAAGGGAUAUUUUUGUGGAUGAGGAAGAGGUGAUGAACUGUACAGAAGUUAGAUCCGUAUAUUCUUAAAUAUACAAUCCAGUAUCUGAACCAAAAAACAAAAAAAAGAUUUUUAAAAAGAGAAGACUGGAUCACUGCAAUGCAGUUCACUUGGAACUUUCCAUUCCUGAUGAAUUUAAAGGUUUCUGCCAUGUGUAUAAAACUAAAUUACUUUUAGCUAGCGAGGAUAUUAGAAGAGUCCCUUUCCCACCCACCCCCCUUUCUUUUGUCACCAGAGUGUCCUAAAAUAAUGAGCUGAUGCAGCUAUAUUCAUUAUUUUGAUGAUUCAGGGGGAUCCUGGAGCUUCUCAUCCAAGAUCCGGAAGGCAGCAACUUUAAAUUCUACAUAUGCUUUGGUUUGUGACCUGAGCAUGUGGGAUUUGUGUUUGCACUCAAGUGGCAGAACCCCUUAUCUCUCCCCCCACCGCCAUGGUUUUGCUCUGUUCAUCUCUAACUCUCCACCUUCCUGUUUUACUGAUAUUUAAACCAAUUACCCCUAAAACUUCAAAACUAGUGAACUGCAAGCAGGGAAACUAACAAAUGUCCGUCCACCGUUUCUUAUGUGUUUUUGAUUUUUUUUAUGUUUUAUUUUUUUAAAACUAAGCUUGAACCAAAGUCAAUUUCUAGCAAGCUGCUGUACUAAUGGACUAGUUUGUAUAAGUGCAGUUCAGAUGCAGAGAGGCGAUAGAUGCUACUGACAAUUUCUUUUUCAUUUGUCUUUUGUUUUUUAUUAAUUUUAUAUAAAAGUUGCUGCUUGUUUUUAAUCUUUUUUUUUUUUGGUUGGUAAUUUGUGUUAUCCUUGGGGCAGACUCUUAACUUGAUUUUAAUUUGUUUUCUUUUAUUUGAUGUGUAAAUAGAAUGGCGAUGUCAGAGGAUUGUUAAUCCAACAGGUCCCACCUUUACCCCCCCAGUGUGGAUGAAUCUAAGUGUUUUUUAUGUGUCUCUGUGUCUUCAGGCUGUGUGGGAGACUUUUAGGGCUAUGAAUAAUACUGCAAAAGUGGAAAUGGCCCACAGUAAUGUCUUCAGAGCAGUAACAGAUAUAGCUGGGUGAGCUUCAGGGAGGCAGGGGAAAAGUAGAAGAGGAGAUGCUGGUACCCACUAUGUUGCCUGGAGGCCAUAGCAUGGACUAUAGUUUCUACCAAAGGAAUGCCAAGUCCUUGGGACUUGUCUUCAGUGAAGUAAGAGGAUGGGGAAAACUGCAGCUAUAGCAUUGGUUCCUGGCUCUGAAAGUUCCUGCUUACUUCCAAUGCCUGUGCAAAAGUACAAUUUAUCAGGAAGGUUUUUUUGUUAAAGGGAGGAUACUACUGGUCUUUUCUCCAGUGUAUCCUCUACUCCCUAAGGGUUUUGUGGUGGGGUGGGGGGGGAACGGUCCUUGCAUAUAUCUAGGAAACACAAAGAAAGGUGGGCCUUAAAUCAGUGGAAAAUCCUCUUUCCAAAGUUCAAAGAGACUGUGCCAUUAGCUGUCUGAAUGAGUUUUCAUGUCCCAUUCUUGCUGGUUUGUGGUUGGGAGAGGGUCUUGUUGAGUACAUAUCUGGAACACUAAUGCAGCUUGGAUGGUUUAUUUAUUAUAAAAAUCUGCUUUUUUUCCUGACUACCUUUGCAUUGGUCACAUGGCUUUGGUGUGAGCACCUUAUACCCCCUUACCCUCCUCCUCUCUACCCCAUCACCCUCUCUGGGGCCCAGAUUCCAGGGAAUUUCUUAGCAAGUCUUUUUCUGAGAGAAACUGGAAACUCAGUAACCACAUAUCCAAGAAAGAGCUUGGUUUUGCUUGCAAAAGCUGACAUACUACCCAAACAGGACAUAUCCCAUGGCAUCCAUUGCCAGUGUGCUCUGAUUCAUUGUCCUAAAACAUCCCUGUGACUGACUGACUGUUGUUCCUGGAGCCUGCUUUUUGUCCCUAUCAGUGUUUUUCCUUAUGGAUGCUGGCUACCUCUGGCGUUUUGGUGAAAUAUGGAAAUCAGAUUGGCAGGGAAUGUACAUCUGCCUAGUUAGAGCAUAUGUGUCCCUUCAGAGCAUGAAAAUGUGAGAUCAUGUACUAUAACUUAGCAGAAGUUUCCUUUUAAAUCAUAAUCAUGCUGGCAGCAGAAAUUGAUGCAUCUGAAAAGAAACGAUAACAAUUGUAUACAGGCCCAGUAAAUAUGAUCAGAAGGAAUUUGAUGGUGUUGUUGGAAAAGGAUAAUAGCAUCUCUUUUUCAGAGCUCCAUGUCCCUGUAUUUAAAGGUGAGAGGGUUGCUUUUCAUAGUUACAAUCAUGUCACAGUACACAUGCAGGAAAAGAGAAGGUGAAAAACUCUCUCAUUACAGAUGAGAACAGUUAGCUCAGAAAGCAAAACAUUUACAGAGGCACAGAUACAGAAGGUCAAGAAUAAUUUAGAAAAUGGCUUCAGGAGGAGGUAUAGCCUGGUGAUGACAUUUUUUUCUGAUGUUAAGAAAAACAUGUUUUGCUUUAGCACACUUUGGCUUUAGCACACUUGAUCUCCUCAGAACACAGUAGUCACCAUAGAAAGAUUUAUGAUUUAUGAAAGUACAUACAGAUGGGGCUGCUUACAAUAGUUGUAUCUGUGUGUUUAAACCUCCUUAAGAGGAUUUAUUUUGUUUCUGAGUUACUGUGCAGUAUGUCUUAGUCUAAGUACAUUUUUAUCAUGUUACUCUGAGAUGGUGUGUAUGUAGAUAUACACUUCUCUUGGAACUAUGACCUAAUGUUUAAAUGCCACUGUGUUGACACAUUUCUGCAGUUGAGUUACUAAAGGAUGCAGGAGUGUUAAUUCCCUAACUCUGUCCACAUUCCUGUAAAGCAACAUUCGUUAAAACAGAAAUUCCCUCUUUUUUGUUACAAAUGGAGCAGCACAACCGUUACAGCUGGAAUCAUAUCACAGAUAUUAAACUUAAAACGACAUCUGAUUUACCUUAAAUAUUAAUAUUUUCUUAGAUAAAGAUUUACUAUACAAAAUGAUCUUGGAGAAACAAGUAGCUUCUCAUGAUCAUUGGAGUGCUUUAGGACAGACAAAGUAGUGCAUCUGCUCUGAGCUUUUAAUGAUACUUGUUUUCCAACUGGAAGCUUAAAAUUUAGAUCUAUUUAUUGCCAUGUUAACUUGAUGAAGAAUCACUGCUCCCUAUUCAUGUUCUGCUCGAAGUGGUUAAAGCAUGUUUAUCCACAGGGCCUGGGUAUCCCUGCUGGAUGUACACCUGACUGUUGCCUAGGGUGGAGUGUUACCAAAGGAGUAAGCUGGCCUGCUGCCCCCACUGUGUUCUCACACAGCCAACUCAAAUUCCUUUGUAUUUUUGCAACCAGUACAUCCUACCUGUCCCUCCCAAAGUACUAUAGCAAUACAGAAUUCAAGAUACCUGCCUUGCACAAGUUCUACCCUUUUCAGUUGUUGAACUUCCUGUUGCUGCUUGUGAGUUUUUCCUCUUCUUUCCAGCAGGGAAGUCCCCUAAAAUACUUUAAAGAUAUUUGACAGAGGAGGAUUUGUGAAAAAGUUGCUGGCUCACUGUUUGCCAUUUCUUAAAAUGUUCAUAUCUUCGUCUCUGUGAUCUGAACAGUACCUGGUUCCCUCUGUGUCAGUGCAAGCAGUUUCAGUGCUUUAGGAACAAUGAAAAGCAAUUCCUCUGCUUGCAUAUCUUCACAUAUGAACACAUGAAGUAACACAUGGAAAAAAAACUCGGUAUUUUUUCAGCUUGUCUAUUUUUAUUUGAUCUGUCUACCACUUCUCCCAGGAUACUCCUUUUACCCCCAUGGGAUGCUGUUAGGAGGGCGUUAGGAAGACUGCACUGUAAUUAGAAAUAGUUGAACUGUGGGAGAAAAGACAUCUUUUAGUCAAGUAGGCAAAUAAGGUCAGCAUGCAGAACGUAUCAGGUACUUCUUUUCUGACCGAAUUCCUAAACCCAGAGCAACUACUGAGCUUUGUCUCGGGGCUGCUUUUAACUCCAUCAGUGAUACCCUGCUAAGAACCGUCCAUAACUGGAAUAGUCUGGGCCCCCUUCCUUCCUCCUUCCCUCCUCCCCUCUCCCUCCUUGUUCCUUCCUCAUCUUCCCUCAGCAAAAGGUAGCACCAUACAGCUCUGAGAACAAUACUUAUGGGUAGCAGCUGGCUUCUGGCACCUUCAUAAAAUACCUCAGCAUAGCUUAGCAUUGUCGCAGAACUGGUUUUAAACUGAAAAAAAUCAGAAGAGAAAAGCAAACUUUAUAAAUAGUGGAGAUAAUUCUAGCUGUAGAGUUUAGUUGAACUGAUGUUUAUUAUGAUUGAUAAACAUGAUUAUGCUGUAUGUAUUUGAGAUCCUGUUUAUAGGUUACAACUUUAUAGGGUCGGGUGGGGGUGGGUGGAUGUUGGGGGCAGAGAAGGGGGGUUUGACUGUGUUAGAAGGAAAAUGUUUGCUCAUAAAUUUUUUUCCUUGUAUCUGUCUUGCCAAAGGAAACAUUUUGUCGCUCCUGGGUUUGGGAUUGUUGUUUGGUUGGUUUAUCUGUGGUCUAAUCUGCAGCACAGCACGUGGUGGCAUGCAGGUUACUGAUGGGGUUGCUGUUCAGGGUCCUUUCGAGUGUGCGCACACUUCCCUCCCUCUUGGCCUUUCCUUGCCCUUCACUGGGAUCUAAAGAUGAGGCAACAUGUACCUGGGAGGCUCGGGGGAAAGGAGAUGGCUGUACUGGGUUAGAAUCAACCUCGGUGGUGUAAAUCCGUUCCAGUUGAGUUGCUCCAGAGCUGAACUGGGUCCAUUGUGUUUGACUUCGGGAAGGGACAAGAAUGGUUGUCGCAUCUUAAUCUUAUCUGGGAGAGCAAAAGUGAAACAGGUUCCUUUUAUCCCCCUUGUCUUGUUACUGAAUGUAGGGCUUGUAGUGCUUGAUAAUAGGUGGAAAACUUUUUAAACACUUCCUUUUCUAAUAGCAAUGCUAAUCCUGUCUAGACCAAAAACUAUGAAAGAAAAAACCAAACUGAGAGGUGAAAGCUAACCUACUCCUAACACCUGGCUGGUCUGCCUGAAAGGGUUGAAAUACUGUGAGACGGUUGUGGGAGAGGAGCUUUGAGGUGUUGUUGGCGAGGGAGUGGGUCGUUCUCCUGGCCUAUGUCUUGGUGUUGCGGUGGGAGUAGCAGAAGAGCGAGUGGUUGUUGCCUUGGGAAGGGCGUUGCAGCCCACUCCGACCGGACUCCAAGGCUCCCUUCCCGUUUCCCUUCCAGGCUGAUGGAGCAGGGGAAGAGGGGAGGGGUGUGCGUGGGUGUGUGUGUGUGUGUGCGCCUGGCUGUGUGCGGUGAUCCAGAGAGGUGGGUUUCUAAAGGAGCUCAACUCCACUGGGGCGGGAGAAUUCCCAGUGGCCUCGUAGGGAACCAAAGGCACUGAUAAGUUGUCAGCUCUGCUGUUCUCAGAGCGGGUAAGAGGAGAAGCUGGGUGGGGGUUUUUGAGCUUUGGGUCAGUGUCCCUUUCUCUAAGGACCUCAUCUCUUUCGGGUACUCCCACCUUUUCUGCACAGAGUUGCUUUGGCUCUGUGAAGACAAACAGUAUGUGGGGUUUGCCCAGUGCUGCAGGUCUUAGGCUGAUGUUGGGAUACAGUCAGGGAAAACUGUUUCUUUCCUUCAAAUGUGGAAGCAGUGUAGUCCAAGGUCAGAGUCUGUUCAACAGCUUUUGCAUAUGGUCUUUCUCUUAAGGGAGGGACCUUGAAGACUCCUUUCUUUGCUCCCCAAAGCAGCCUUGUACAUGUUCAUGUAUUGUGCUAUUGGGCUGAGCUGUUUUAUCAGUGAACUUGGUGGGCUCUUGUGAAGAAAGGGAGGGAGGAAGGGGGAGAGGCAGGUUGUCCAGCUACUCUUCCUCCGGACACCAAUCGGGUUGCAGAACUUCACUGAAAGCUUUACUAAUAGAAUUGUUGUUCUGACAUUAUGUAAAAGUGGUAUUAAUAUUGUGUGACUUUUCAAAGAGCUAGUUAGAUUUAUAGAUAGUUAAUAGGGAUAUUGAAGAAAUGACUUCUCAAAGAAAAGAGCACUUGGAACAAAAGAAGUGGAAAACAAGGUGUGCUUUAUGGAAAACAAAUCUGAGGAAGGAAAUGAAACAGCUUGUGGGAGGCGAGGGAAGAUGAUACCCUUUGGCGUUCCUUAGUGCUGCUGAGGCUCAGCCCCAGAACUGGAACAAUACCCCCUCUGCCUUAUUUCAUCUCUCUACCAAACAGGACAUUGUCAAGUAGCUCAGACCAAAAUGCUGAUCUGUCUUAAAUCUGUGUUGGUCUGCUGGUGAAUAUUCUCCGGCAGAGCUUUACAUAAUACCGUAAGAUACUUAAUUUAUCGCGUUAGUUUCCCCUUUCCUCCCAAAAUUGUCUUAUCAUGUUGUAGGCCCCACUUCAGGAUUCACACUGCCUUUGCUGAAUUUUGUAGCAGCAGCUACUGAAGCCCCAUUCCCCGAAUGUCGUAACUUCGUGUGCGUUCAAAGCCGGCACGUUGCGGUGCUUUAAAAACCUGAAAUUAUUAUUGAACAGUAGGAAUCCUGAGACCUCGGGAAUGGCACGCCAAGGGGCAAAUCGUGGAGAUCGCACAACCCCCUUGGGAAACAAUUUAGGAACGAGAGCACCCGUGACAGUGUCCUGAGUACAAGGCAGUUGAGACAAAACCUUUAGUUCUUCCCCCAUUCACUCUGCAUGUGUCGGCCUCUGUGACCCCGGUGCUCCCUGCACCUGAGCGAGUCCGAGGGGGAAACGCAAAGCGAAAGACUUGGAGAUCAGGGCUGCUCCCCGCGAGUUCCCGGGGAGCCAGACUGCGCCUCCCCGCAAGCCGGGGAAGGGAAGGGACCGCUGCAGAGCCCCCCGCGGGUGGCUUGGCGAGGGCUGGAGCAGCACUGGGCCCCUGGGGCGCCUCGUGUGCCAGCGGUCCGUGGGAAGGACCUGGGCAGGAGCUUCUGCGUCCCCGCCAGUGCUGUUGUUCCAUUUCCUUCCUCUGUGGUAGUGUCUAAGGCUAGGUGUGAGUAGGUGUGGGGUGUUUAUCCGCCACAGGUACAGGAGCUGUCGUAUACCUCAUUUCUAACUCGUAACUGAGUAACUUGCUUUAACUUUCUCCAAACCCCACAGAGUUGCCAAGUCUGCCCUCCCUCCUUUGAUUAACACUGAACUCUGGCCUAUAGCACCCCGUGACCUGCAACCUGGGGAGGUGACCCCCUAACGCCUCUGAAUGUCGCUGCUUAAAAGCUACUGCAAAGUGAGGGCAAAUUGCAAUCUUAUCUUAUUUCCUUUGGUUACAAGGGGUCCUCUUGAUUAGUCUGUGAAUAUCCACCCCCUCCCCUCCACUCUCUGCGGAAAAGGGCCACCCGCGCUGCCUUUUCCCACCCCGGGGCCACACUGAACUCCAGGGCCCCGAGGCACUCUCAGCCCAGUGCUGCGUACAUGCUACUCACUUUUUAACAUGACCAAAAAAAAAAAAAAAAAACAAAGAAAAAAAAUAGAAAUCUCCAAAUAUUUAAUUUUCUUCUUUAUUAUUUGACAAUCCUGUAUCCCUUCCCCCACUCCCCAGCCUGGCCAGAAGCUGCAUCCUUAACCCGGUCCAUCUUUAUUUGAAUGUAGUUCCCCUACCCCCAUGGGAAAGAGAAGCUUUGUCAGGUCACGGUGGCUGCUAUAAGUCGGGAGGGGGCGGUUUCUUUGUUUUGUUUUGUUCUUUUAAAAUUUCCAGCCAAAACCAAAGAUUUCCUAAUGAUUGUAUAAACUCAAAACAAACAAACAAACCAAAGACAAAGGGCGUCUUCAGCACCAAGCCCAUCUGUGAGGCCGGUCUGGCCAGGGCAAGGGUCUCUGCCCAGCCCGGGGCUCCGAAACACCCCAGGAAGAAAUUCCCUGCUCCAGGGUGAAAUCUGGGGCGCAGGCGCUGGGAGGGGGCGGCCCGGGGGGGGGCUUCGCAGGUGGGUUGAGGAGCUGAAGACUUGGGUGCAGGAUUGGCUGCUCUGCUGGGUGCUUUAACCCUCUGGGGGCUGGGUGAUGUUGAUUAAUACACGCUGAGGUGCACUUCUGAGCUUUCCCCCCCCCUUCACUGCUUGGAAGAGGCUGUCCUGUUGUGAGAAAUCCCUGAAAGAAGAAGAAGCAGCUUUUCAUUUCUCCUCUAGUUCCUUUUUUCUAGAUUUCUUUUUAUUUUUGCAGCACCACUGUGCAACUAUGCAUUGUAUUUCUCAACCUUUUAUGCUAGGUAGAUGCCUGUGACUUUUUAACUUUUGGGGGGGGAUUGCAAAUGGAGGAACUUUUUACAUGGAUCUUUUUAAUCUCAGUUGAUUGGGGGGUGUUUGGUUCUAGGGUCAUACAAGCUCUAUCCCAAAGCAAAAUCCAAAUGUUAAUAUUAUUAGCCUGAUGCAGAUACCAAAGAUAAUUUCUUUCCUGCAGAACCUUAGACUUGUGUAUUAAGUACGAUUACCCAGCACUUGCAUUAGUCUAACCUCAGUAAUUCCAAAGCUUAGAUGUAUAUUUUGGUAUAUUUCUGGGAUAUUAAAAAAUUGUCGUUUAAAUUCUUGUUUGUUUCAGUGUAAUGCUCUUAAAGUCAUAGCAUGGAGAUAACUGAACUUGUCCUAUUCUUAGUAGUUUGAAAUAAUAGUAUUUUUGUAUGUUUUGGGUGUGUCUAUGUAUGUAUUAACAUAACAGUUUUCACUGCCUAGGUGUUCAUAAAAAAUAAAAAGAAAAAAAACCAACUGCAAAGGGUUUUUAAACUGUACAUAAUAUUCCAUGAGGAAUUUCCACCAGACCGCCAAUUUGGAUUGCAUUUUCACUGAUGGCCGCUCCCAACUGGGAUUCUUUCUUUGUUUUUAAAGAGACAGCAUGUUAUUUUUUUUUCCCCCAUUGACCUGAGGUUCUUUCUCAGUGUAAAGGGGUUUUCACUGUUUUUAAGGGAUGGGCCAAAGAGGAAGUUGCUUAAAUUUUAUUUAAAAAAAAAAAUAAUAAUUAUUUAACAUGUUAGUUUGAAAAGUACCCCUUUGUAUGAAGAAUUGAGAGUGGAAAACCAAGCCCUUUCUUCUAAAUCCGGUUAUAGUUUCCAAAGAGGUGAGGAUUUGUGAAUGUCUGGAGCAUCUGGGCAGUCCCUUUUUGCUUUUUUUUCCCCUAAAUAAGGCAAGUUUUCGGUCCUAAUGGUUUCACUGCUCUGUGCAGCUGCCUGCUUACACUGGCUGGGAGUUUUUUUUUUUCUCUUGCCCUUCCUCAUACACUGCAUUUAUACACUUGAGGUCAGCAGAACACUUGAAAUCAAGGGCCAUAUGGGAGUACCCUACCCAAACCCAACCCAAGCUUUUCUUGAGACUGAAAUGUGAGAGUCCCACACAUUUCAAAACCUUGCUGAUCACACUAAGGGUGAGGAGGAAGGCGAAAUGCUGUCUCUUUAAAGAUGUCCUUUAUAAUUAUUAUUAUUAUUAUUAUAUUAUUAUUAUUAUUAUUUUCCCAGUGGUUGCCUACAGAUAGCUGUAGGCAUUGAGAGAUUGUGUAGAUUACAGUAAAUCAGAAUGAAAAGGUAGAUUUUGUGUAGAUGCAUUUGUCUGCUGUAAUUUUUUAUAUAUAUUAAACUUACUGUAAUUGUACAGUUAAUUUCUGUUGUAAACAUCAUUAAACCAUUUUCCAAGUGUUUUAA